AUGGUAAAAACUCGAAGCACUACACGCAAGGAGCUCGAGAGCAAAGAGGACGAAAAUCAGGAAGUCCAGUUACAAGUGCAGCCUCAGCCAACUGAUGGAAAUACACAGAAGGAUAAACAGACACCGACCGCUAGCCAACUAUAUGAUGUUGCGGGUAGCAGCGUCAAGCGCGAGUACCGCUUGCAACAGCCGCCCGCUUCGCGCACCGGGGCUAAGUCAACGUCCACCUCGUCCUCUCUGAUGGCCAGGAGAAAGAAACUGGAACUAGAGAUAGCUAAAGAAAAGGCUAAAAUUCAAAUGGAUCUCAUCGAAAAGCAGUUUCAGGCGGAUUUAACAGACCUUAUGGAUGAAAAAGAGGAAAUAUACAGUCCACAUAGUGACCCGCACGACGACACCAAGAAUAAGAAAGUGGAGCAAUGGUUAGAUCAAAGCCAGCUCGAGCACGAACCCCCGUUGCACGCUCCAGAGUUCGGUGAUCAGCCGGGCAAGCAGUGUCCGCCGGCGGCACCCGUUGCCGGCCCAUGUGACGGAACGGUUCAUAUGCUCGCGAGCGCACUACAGAAUCUAUCCUCGAUCUCUGCAAAUAAUAGGACAAACAACAACCUGCUUAGUCGCAUGUGUACCCCCCGGGACCUACCUAGUUACUCAGGGGACUCGCUGGAAUGGCUCCAGUUCAAGCAGGCUUAUGACGAGUCUACCGAAGUGUGCGGGUUUAGCCCGAAGGAAAAUUUAUGGCGUUUAAGAAAGUGUCUUCACGGGCCAGCUAAGGAAGCAGUCUCAGCUCUCAUGAUAAGCGGUACAUCACCCGACGUAGUGAUAAAAACUUUAGAGCUACUAUACGGUAACGCAGACACCAUUCUAAGCAAAAUUACCCAGGGCCUGAAGAAACUACCACCUAUGUCGAACGAAUACAACAAAGACAUUGUGUCGUUCUCAGUUAAAGUUCAAAAUUUCAUCGCAGCUGUGCACGCCGUCGGCCGAGAAGAGUACGUGCAAGGAAUGCAUAUUUCAAAUAUUAUUUUAUCCAAGAUGCCUACCGUACUAAUAUCAAAAUGGUCCGAUUAUAGUUUUGCUAUAAUAAAGGAAGGAAAGAAAUCACGUUUGAAUAUAUUAGGCGAUUUUUUAAAUCAAGAAGCUGUGAAAAUUUCGACUACAGCGAACAUACACGCCACAGAGGCUCGCAGCGUCGGAUUUCAGCAGCACUACAAGACUAAACCUUACAGCAACAUCACCAGUCGUCCUCAUGCAGUAUUAGUGCAAUCAACGCACAGUGACAUUAAGUGUUUAUUUUGCAACGUCGCAAAACAUAAAUUAACUGAGUGCAAAAUGUUUAAAAAAGCGUUGCGCAAAGACAGGUGGCGUCACGUUAAACGCCACGGCGUAUGUUACAAGUGCUUAGUGUCGCGCCACGAUCGAGAAACGUGUCCCGCGGCCGUCUGCGACAAGGACGGCUGCGGCGAGGCACACCACCGGCUGCUGCACUACGUGCGCGACGCCGGCCGGGAGCCGCGCGACGCCAGCCGGUGCCGCGCGACGCCAGCCGGGAGCCGCGCCCCGCCCCGCCCGGCGCGGGCGACACCGGCGACACCGGCGACGCGGCCCACAGCGGCCACACUUCUGGAGCCGCAGCUGCUACCGUGA